AUGAGUGAUAAUGAUAAAAAAACACUUGAUAGUGAGACUGCUCGCAUCAAACAACUUUUAAAAGAUCAAGAAGAUGAAAUCGAUAUUGAAAAGAAAAAAUAUGAACAGUUACUUGAAAUGUUUUCUAACGUGAAGAAGAAUGUUGCUGAUGCUAUGAAAGAAUCUCUACCUGAUAUCCUGAAAGAAGCGAUCAAAGAUGUUGAUGUAGGUGACGAUGUGAAAAAAUUAGUAACUGAAAAAUCAGGAGAAGUGAUCGAAAAAUUAAGUGAGAAAAUUAAGGGUGUCGGAAUAGAGGAAGAGAAAAAUGCAUUCCAAAGUAUUAAAAGAAAUAAAAAAUCAACUUAA